AGGUCUAUCCAUGAAAUUUCCUUGCUACUAAAUUUUCCACGGUCAACUGUUAGUGGUAUUAUAACAAAGUGGAAGCAACUGGGAACAACAGCAACUCAGCCACUAAGUGGUAGGCCACGUAAAAAGACAGAGUGGGGUCAGUGCAAGCUGAAGCGCACAGUGUGCAGAAGUCGCUCAUUGUCUGCAGAGUCAAUAGCUAAAGACCUCCAAACUUCAUGUGGCCUUCAGAUUAGCUUCAUGGAAUGGGUUUCCAUGGCCGAGCAGCUGUAUCCACGCCUUGUGUCACCAAGUGCAAUGCAAAGCUUUGGAUGCAGUGGUGUAAAGCACACCACCACUGGACUCUAG